GUGGGGUUUGUUGUAUUUCUUAUGAGUCGCGGUUUUUUUCAUUCGUAAACUUUAAAAUUGGAAUGUUUUACUUGUAUGGAACAAAAUUCUUGUAGUUUUGUUGAAGAAUUCUAAAUCAUGGAAGUAGAAACAAAGUUUAGGAAUGGAUACUGGAUAUGGGAUGAGUUCUCAAAUGAACUAAAAUUUGUUAAAUAUUACAUGAAAAGAAAGUCAACUGAACAACAAUUUCGAAGUUCCAUUUAUGCUGACUAUCGGUUUAGUAACUCCGAUAAUUUAGAUCCUUUACAUUUUCGAAAAUUCCUGCAACGAACGGUCAAGCCGCCAGAUCCGGAUGUCGUGACAAUCCAGGAUGUAAUUGAUGUCGCUCUGUAUCACGCCAAUCCAAUUGAUCUUAUUCCAGAGUUCGUUCAAAAUUUAUACACUGGUUCUUACGAAAGAUUUCUACGAGCGCUCAUUAUAUAUUUUUCGUAUUUUUAUCAGCUCUACGAACUAAUGUCUGAAAGACGAGGGGAGGUUCAGCGUAGCUUAAAAAGUGAUGCCUAUAGGCAAAAACAAAAUAUAGUUGCUGAAAGAUUGACCGAUUUACGUAUGUUGGCUGGAAAAGAAUAUGCUUGUAUGUUAAUGGGAUCCGGUGAAAGUAAAAAACUUCAUCAUAUGAGUGAUCUCACUCGUUCAUCUUUACAUGUGAAAGACAGAAAGCGUUUUGAAUUCUUCAUUUCAAUCACUGCCAGGAUCAUAUGGAUUACUUUCGAGAGGAAAUAUUUAAACCUUAUAGAAGUUGAAUUAAGCCGAUUACUAAGGACUAAUCAUUUCCAUACUUUCAAUCGCCAUCCUGACUUAGUUGUUUCGAAAAUUUUGCCUAAUGAAACAAAGAUAUUGCACGGUACAUCUUUGAAGCAAUGUUCAAGAUUAAGGGAUAAUUGUCCUUUGGUUCAAGAAGUGGUGAAUAAGAAUAAGGACAUUGGUUUAUUAGCUAUUGAUAAACCUGUGAUGCCAACGUCAAAAGUUUAUAGGGAAUAUUUACGAGCACUAAUGUGUGCACCAGAAGAACAAUUCCAUGAAUUAGGGAUAGGAAUGGGUAUUAUAGGUUGGCCCCGAAACCUUAUGGAUCCAUUGUUGAGGCAACUUUCAAAAGCACAACAAAAAAUGUCGGCAAUUAAUAUAUCAGAUCCAAAUAUAUUUCCUCCUUUUAGAUUACCCUCAGAAAGUAGAGCAACUAGAUAUUCUCAAAUUUAUUCCGGUAAGAUAUAUGAGGAGACUGAACAAAAAAAGGCAGACAGGAACAUACAAAAAAUGGUUUGGAAAAGAUAUUUGAAGAAAAUACAAAAAGGCUGGCAAGAUAAUUAUUAGUGGAAAAAUAUCUUUAUUAAAAACAUAUACAUAUUAUUCGCAGAUAAAUCGUGUAUUCAGAUUCGUUGGUCAUAUUUUUUAGAGUUACAAUUUUAAUUUAAAAUUUAUACACAUGCAUUUUGAAUUUAAUAUAAAUUAAAUGUCUUAAUA